CAGCAGCCAGUUCUUCUCCAGCUGAGCCCAGAUCAGACCCAGAGUCAGUUUGUGCAGAGACCCACGGAGCAGACAGAAUGAAGCUCCGUCUCUCGUCUCUGGAGCUUCUCCUGGCCGUCGUGUCGACUCUUCUCCUUGCCUGCUGUAUCGGACUCAGCGUAGUUUCAUGGCUCAGCCUGAAGCCUGAAGGUGCCAUUAAGCCAGGCGUGCUGAGCGGCCGCAUGGUGAUCACACACGGAGCAGUUUACUCCGACGAGCUGAAAAACUCCGGCAGUCCGCAGUUUAAAUCUCUUGCCUUUGACGUCCAAAACCUGGUGUCGGAGGCGUUCGGUCUCAGCGAGCUCCGACUGGACUUCCAAUCCUGCCGGAUUUUACACUUCAGUCGGGGCAGCGUGGUCGUGAUCUUUGACAUCUGGUUCAGUCAGCUGAUCGAGGUACAGGAGGCAGAGCAUCAGCUAUGGGCGGGGCUUCAGGAGGCCGGGAACACGGGACUGGUGAUCGACAGAAACAGCAUCCACAUCACAGAGAAACCAGACGAGACGACAGCUGCUCCAACAACCAUCACACCGACAACCAUCACUCCUACAACAGGGACAUGUCCUCCUCUUCAGACAUCAUGUGCCGAUGGAUCUGUGUGUGUUCGGAUCGAUCAGCUGUGUGACGGUGUCCCCGACUGUCCCGACGCCUCGGACGAAGGCGCUGCUCGCUGUGCGACGGCGUGUGACAGACAGUUCGUGCUGAGCGGUCCGAGCGGUUUCUUCAGUACAUCAGACAUCUCGGAGACGUACAACAGCAGCAGCUUCUGUCGCUGGAUCCUCAGGGUGGAGAGAGGACUGUCUGUUCAGAUCAACUUCCUCCGGUUUGAAACAGAAGAAAACAUCGACACUCUGAAACUUUAUGAAGGCGUCGGAGCAGACAAACUGCUGACAGAUGAACAGAAGCUGACCUGUACCUUUGAGCAGGGCAUGUGUUUCUGGCGGCAGCAGUACGACGAUGACGGUGACUGGAUUCGAACCCGCGGCGCCACGUUUCCUCCGCUGAGCGGCCCGAGUGGCGACCACACGCUCAACGACAGCUCCGGUUUCUACAUCGUGACUCCUCUGAGUCCCGGCCAAUGGCUGAAGAGCUUCAGGAUCUAUAGCCUCCCUCUGACUCCGGCCACUCCGCCUGCCGCCUGCCUCAGCUUCUGGUACCACAUGUUUGGGGAGGACGUCUACCGUCUCCGAGUGCUGCUGUCCCAGCCGGCCGUCACCGUGCUGUUCCAGAGAGACGGUAACUACGGCGACCGUUGGAACUACGGCCAGGUGACGCUGAACCUGACGACGGAGAGCACGGUGGUGUUUGAGGCGCUGAAGAAAGGAGGGAUGAGGAACGACAUCGCUCUGGAUGACAUCACGCUGACCUCUGACCCCUGUGGCCCCGCCCCCCCUGAACCAACCAACGUCCCGCCUCCAACAACGCCCCCCCCGAUCCCAGCUGACUGCGGAGGACCCUUCGAUCUCUGGGAGCCAAACUCCACCUUCAGUUCCCCAAAUUACCCACAAUCCUACGGGAACGAGGCCAAGUGCCUGUGGACGCUGCACGCCACCGAGGGGCGGAGCCUACAGCUCCACUUCCUGGACUUUGAUGUUGAAGCAACCUAUGACGUGGUGGAGGUCCGGGACGGGGCGGGGCCACACUCCACCUUACUGGCUGUUCUCACUGGCAGUGAUGGCCCCGCCCACGAAUUGUUCUCAACAACCAAUCAGAUGUCAGUGUGGUUGUUUACGGACGAGUCGGGUCACAGCCGAGGAUUCAGAGCCAACUUCACCUCGGGGGUCGGCCUGGGGUCACCGGCUGCGUGUGCAGUCGGUCAGUUCCAGUGUCAGACAGGCAGUUGUAUCCAUGGUAACGGUCAGUGUGAUGGCAACGCCGACUGUCCUGACGCCUCUGAUGAAGCCGACUGCGUUGUGUUACCCAGCAACAGUUCCAGUGCUCUACAGUAUAAACUAGUUUCCUCUCUGCUGACCGUGUGUUCUGACACCUGGACGUCUCAGCUGUCUGACUUCACCUGUCAGUACCUGGGAUACAGGUCGGGGGAAAUCACUCUGCUGCCGGCUCGGCCACAAGACUCACCGUUUACAUCCUUCAACAUCACCAACGGAGCGCUGCAAACCAGCCUCAGUGAUUCAUGCGCCAGUGAGGAAGUGAUUUCUCUGAGCUGUGACAACCAACCUUGCGGGGUUAGAAACGUCACUAAUGCACCGAGGGAGAUGGACCAAUCAGCAGAGAGGAAACCUGCUAAAGGUGACAUCAGAGUGGUGGGCGGGACUAACGCUGAGAAGGGGGCGUGGCCGUGGAUCGUGUCUCUGCAGUGGAGAGGACGUCAAGUGUGUGGAGCGUCUCUGAUUGGCCGAGACUGGCUGCUGACCGCCGCACACUGCGUCUAUGGGAAGAACGUGCACCUGCAGUGGUGGGAGGCGCUGCUCGGCCUCCACGCUCAGAGCAACAGCAGCGCCGCAGACGUCCAGACCCGACGAGUCGAUCGCAUCGUGAUCCACCCGCAGUACAACAGGCAGACCAAACAGGCCGACAUCGCCAUGAUGCAUCUGCAGCAGCCAAUCAGCUUCACCGAGGUGGUCCAGCCGGUGUGUUUACCGGCCGAUGGUCAGGGCUUCACAGCUGGAACCAGAUGUUGGAUCGCUGGGUGGGGACGCACUGAAGAGCAGGGUUCCCUGCCUGACGUGCUGCAGGAGGCGGAGCUUCCUCUGCUGUCCCAGUCUGAGUGUGAGGACCAGUUACCGGAGUACUCCAUCACCUCCAGCAUGGUCUGUGCCGGCCUCCCCGAGGGGGGGGUCGAUGCCUGUCAGGGCGACUCUGGAGGUCCACUGGUGUGUCUGGACGAUGGAUACUGGACUCUGAUUGGUCAUACCCACCAGACCCCCCAGACCACCCAGACCCACCACACUACCCCACAGUACCCACCAGACCCCCCAGACCUCCCAGACCUCCCAGACCCACCACAGUACCCACCAGACCCCCCAGACCUCCCAGACCAGACGCAGUACCCCCUAAAUACACAUGGAUCUCCCAGACCAGACACAGUACCCCCUAAAUACACAUGGAUCUCCCAGACCAGACGCAGUACCACCUAA